UUCUCACCGCGUUUGUUCCUUCAAUGUUGGCAGAGGGCCGGUGUCCUAGCAGAUAUUGGUAUAAUAACCCAAGCACUUCAAAUGGUGAGGUUUGUCUUGUUUAGCGCGUCCACUUCUUAAUUAUACUGUCAAGGAGAUUUAUACAAAAGAGGAACCAACACGAGUAAGCUAAUGUGCUAAGAUUGUAACUGGAAGUAUCAAGUUUGCGUACACGGGUAAUUUUGCAGAUUUAAUCCAACAAGAGGCGCUAGUUAGCUAACAUAGCCAGCUAAAUACUUCAUUUUGUUGUUACCGAGGCGGAGUUGCUUUUCAUAGCGAGCAACAUGCCGGAAUAUCUGGAGGACCCGUCUGUUCUCACCAAAGAUAAACUCAAGAGCGAGCUUUUGGCCAACAAUGUUGCUCUCCCAACCGGAGACCAGCGAAAGGACGUUUAUGUGCGUCUGUAUCUGAAAAACUUGACCGUGCAGAACAACAAGAUCCUAUCUACAGACGCCUUCUCCAGCGACGAGGAGUUGCAUGUCCCGGUAGUGUCAAACAAAAGUCGCUCGGGCAGGAAAGCCACGAGGAAAACAGACAAGCCUCGGCCAGAGGACCUGGAUGUGACUGAGCUGACCAGUGAGGGCCUGAAGGAUGAGUUACUCAAGUAUGGAAUCAACGUAGGACCCAUCGUGGCCUCAACCCGUGAGCUGUAUGAGAGAAGGCUCCAGAAGCUGUUGGACCAGGGUCCUCCUGAGACCAUGGCUUUACCGGUGGUCAUCACUCAGGUAGACAGCAACGGCAACUCUGACUCAGACCGCUACAGCGACAAGGAAGAAGAGGUGACUACAGGACCAGAGCCUGUCCCAGUCCCCAUGGUGGAGAGACCUGUCAGAAGCAGAGGGAAGACCCCAGUCACCACCAGGACCCGCAGCAGCCAACACAACCGGGUGGAGAAGAUAGCAGCUGGUGAGCAGACACCCAACAGGGUGGAUGAGAAGGAUAUCCUGAAGGAGAUGUUCCCCUACGAGACCAACACUCCAACAGGAAUCAACGCCACCUGUCGACGGCCCAUCCGAGGGGCAGCCGGCAGGCCCCUAAAGUCUGGUGACCUGUGGACAGAUGAGACCCUCCUGCGCUCCUCUCACUCUUCCUACACAGAGAGCCGCACCGCCACCGUCCACAGAGUCCCCACCCUACCCCCCUCUACCAGGCUGUUAACGUCAGUGGCACCCCCUGCUGGAAAGGCCAUAGCACCACCCCGUGGCCUGCCUGUCUGGCUGAAGCUGCUGCUCCUCGGCAUUGUAGCUGGCUUCAUAUUCUUCAUCUACCAGACCAUGGAGACCAACGCUAUGGCCCCCUUCGGAGGGUCCUCAGAUUCCACGCAGACCAGUGGUCGUGAGGUCCGCAAGUGAAGCCUGGAAGACAAGUGCUCUGGCAGUAUAAUGUUACUGCCACCACUUUCAUCGUUCCUAGCUUCCUUGGCAUUCUUGCUUUUGUUUUUUCUCCCCUGUUUCCGUCACUCAUAAUUGGUUAAAUGGUCUGGUACGGGAGCCUAAUCUGUAUCGACGCCUGCUGAAGACGACAAUGUCCAAAAUGAUAGAUUGAACGUUGAAGAUGACCACCACUUCUCAUUCUAAAAUGACAAUACUGUCUUCUGUUUGUUUCAGUCCGUCCUUUCCCCAUCUGUGAGGCUGAGAGAAAGCCAGUCGCACCAAUGAUCUCCAGAUAACGUACAUACACCGAAACAGUGGCUUCCAAAUGAUGUGAACUUGAACUAUGGUCUAUGUUUUAGUUUUACAUCUCUGCAUGGUGUAAUCGUAUGAUUGCAUUUGCCGGAGUCUGUGAAAGAGAAUUGCCUGUGUCUGUGUUUAACACGGUUUGCUUUUGUAAUGCUGUCAACAUAAUCUAAUGCAGUUCGAUGUAAUAUAAUGCAGUUAUUAGCAAAAAAAAAACAGUCAGGCAAAGACUGAAGGAAUUUCAACCAAUUGUAUUCAGUUAUUUCUUGAUCGAACCAUGUAUACAGCAGGUAUGUGUGUGUGAGACUGGGUUUCUUAAAACUCAUGCACACACAUAGCUCUUAUGUCUCUUUUUUAAUUGGAAUUGUCUGUGGAGCCUAAUUAGUCAUGUAUGUAGUCAUUGUAAUAAAUAAUGUAAUAUCCUCUCAAUAAAACUGUAAUAUGUAA